GCCCUGCUCUCUUCAGAAAAUCGCGGUUACGGGCUUUACUUUUCAGUUCACCGCCGGUCGUAGUGUUACAUGCGAAGUAAUAGAAGUUGUGAUCGCGUAAGAGUUUUAGUGGUUCCAGUGAAUAGCCGAGAACUCAAGAAAUUAAUUGUCGCGUGUGGACCACUGAGUAAGUUAAUGACGCUGGAACGAAGUACAGCAACGAUGUCAACCAGAAUCGCCGAGAGGGUCAACGGUUUAGUCAUUUCCAGUAUUGAAUCAUUAGCACGUAUCUCUCUUGGUCAAACUGUUCUCAAAUUGAUUGAUCGUAUUUUGUGGGUGGUUGAAAAAUCUGCACAAUGGAGUCUUCCAAUCCAGGAAACAGCAGCAGACGAAAAUGGAAAGUCCUUCGGAGAGAUUCGACUUGUCAGGCCGCUUCCAUGGAUACUCUUCUUCCCAGCACUAAUUAUGUUACGAAUCUUGAAGGUUGGAGUCAACAUUGGAGCUUUCUUAAUAGGAUAUCCGCCAAUUCAGCCUAGUGAAGUGGUAAAAUUCGUGCAGAAGCGUAGGAGGCAGUUGAGGACAAUAAAGAACAACGGUUUGAAGAGCAUGCGUGCCCGAAGAGUUACGUCUAAGGACAAGGGGUUGGCAAAGAACGAGGCCAGGGAGACGAUAAUAAGGUCGAUCCAGCUCACCCUCUCGAGUCUUUCUUGUCUGGAUAAAUCUAGGAGUUCACCGUCGCCGCCUCCAGAAAGGAUCCGGAUCUUCAACAAUUUUGAUACCCCUACAGCACCAUCCGAGGAAAAAUCUACUACAGAGUCUACUACCAGUCCUCAUCGUUCUGAUUCAAAACGCAAGUUUGGUGAAGUCACAGCUUCUACUGAUGAUGAUUCCAGCCAAUCUGAGGAAGAGACUCUUAUUUCUAAAGUCAAUCGUUUAGCUUCUGAGGACAGCAACGAUGAUCCCGAUUUUCUUCCCGAUGGUUACUGUUCGUCUGAUGGCACAACCGAGACAAGCUUGGAUGAUGAGGUUUCACUAACUGAAGCAAAGGAACUUGCUGAUGAAGCAGGUAACGAUCUAUCAAAGUUGAUGAAGUCUUCUGAAGAUUAUAAGAAGAGGACAACUUCAGAACCAGUUCAGAAAGCAAAUCCAAUCCUAGCCCACGAAAAUUCUGGCGAAAGACUCGGGGUUGAAAUCUCCGAGGGACAAGACAAUUUUUAUUCACCGAACAGUUUCGGGACUGAAGGGGAUCUGGCCUUUUAUUCUCCAAUCAGCUCGAAGAGCGUCUCUCCAGAACGAUCAGAGUCCCCCAUUAAACCUCAACUCAAAGGAACCAAUGCGAAAUCUAGCGACUUUGGCAACGGCGAAGUGAAGGUGAAAGCAGGGCCCGUUUCGUCUGAGAACGAUAUCUCAAGGGUUUCCAGGAAAGAUGUCACUAAUGGGCACGUCGAAGGAAAGAAAUCAGCAAACAGUGGCAAAUCCAAUCACAAACACCGACGUACUAACCAUGGUAAUCGCAAAAAAAAGUAAUCAUAGAAGGUAUAAUGUGCUUGUCCUCUAGAUGGAAGUGGUUGGAAUGAAUAAUGAAUUAUUUGAUUCAACGGAAUGUUCUAGUACUUCGAUCAAAUGAGCCCUCCUUAAAAAGGAUGUUAUGUGUUAAAUAUUGUAUCUGUGCCAUAAAAAAAAUUAAUGACUUUUUCGACUGGUUAUCGAUUAUAAUAUUAAAAAUUAAAAUAACUGCGCCAAAGACGCGAAGAUUGAGAUGUUUCUACAAUAUGUUAAAUGUAAAGUCUGUUAGCCUUAGAAACACUUUUAGAACUUAGAGUGAAACUCAUCAAAUUAAUCAUUCGACACAUUUAACUUUGAGUUUAACUUUUAAAUUGGAAUAUAACAAUAUGAUCAUUUUCAUUUUCAUUAGUUCGCCAUUCUUCAUACUACAAAUGUUGACCAAAGUUCGACUAUGGAAUCGGACCAUUUCAUGUUUAAGUGAUGAGUUUUUAUGAAAAAUUGUUCGGAUUUCCAGUUUAAUUAUAACUGAUAGCAAGAGCUUUUUAUUGUUAGUGUGUACUUGAAUAUGUGUUACUAAUAAGUUAUUUAAUCUCGUAAACAGAAUCGUGUUGUGGAUUCAGUUAGUGUUAAUAUGUUAUUUGUACCUAUGAAAUACUCGUCAGUAAAAACAAGAUGCUCAAGCGAAA